ACGCUUUGAUUUCUCCAUCACCACUUCUCCUUCAUCUCUCUCUCUCUCUUUCUCUUUCUCUCUCCUCCCCUCUCUCUUUCUCUCUCUAAAAUUCACAAACAACAACAAACCGAAAAAGCGAAAAGGGGUUUUCCCAGUGAGAUCUAGGGUUUCCAUCGAUUCCGAGACUGCAAAUUGAUCCAACAACAACAACGACGAACGUUCGGUGGCGGAGAAGGAGUUGAGCAUGGAUUCCGUGCCUUCGAAUUCACAUGGAAACCUCGAUGAGCAGAUUGCUCAGCUCAUGCAGUGCAAACCCUUGUCCGAACAAGAGGUAAGGGUCUUGUGUGAGAAGGCAAAGGAGAUUUUAAUGGAAGAGAGCAAUGUCCAGCCUGUAAAAAGUCCUGUUACAAUUUGUGGUGAUAUUCAUGGCCAAUUUCAUGAUCUUGCAGAGCUUUUUCGCAUUGGAGGGAAGUGUCCAGAUACAAAUUACUUGUUUAUGGGAGAUUAUGUUGACCGUGGCUAUUAUUCUGUCGAAACCGUAACGCUUUUGGUUGCCCUUAAAGUGCGUUAUCGGCAGCGCAUCACUAUUCUAAGGGGGAAUCAUGAAAGCCGACAGAUUACUCAAGUUUAUGGGUUUUAUGAUGAGUGCCUAAGGAAAUAUGGCAAUGCUAAUGUUUGGAAGAUCUUCACUGAUUUAUUCGACUACUUUCCGUUGACAGCAUUGGUCGAAUCUGAAAUAUUUUGUCUUCAUGGUGGGCUGUCCCCAUCUAUUGAAACCCUUGAUAACAUUCGUAAUUUUGAUCGUGUACAAGAAGUUCCUCAUGAGGGGCCCAUGUGUGAUCUUCUCUGGUCUGAUCCGGAUGAUCGCUGUGGCUGGGGUAUCUCUCCUAGGGGUGCUGGGUAUACCUUUGGCCAGGACAUAUCUGAGCAAUUUAACCAUACCAAUAACUUGAAGCUGAUUGCUAGAGCUCACCAGCUGGUUAUGGAAGGAUAUAACUGGGGUCAUGAUCAAAAGGUGGUAACCAUAUUUAGUGCACCUAAUUAUUGCUAUCGCUGUGGGAACAUGGCAUCCAUCCUUGAAGUUGAUGACUGCAAAGGACAUACUUUCAUUCAGUUUGAGCCAGCUCCGAGGAGGGGAGAGCCUGAUGUAACUAGAAGAACACCUGAUUAUUUCCUAUGAAGCAACUUUGGUUAAAUUGCUAUUACUUGCAACUAGUGCCUUGCAGUUAAGUGCAAGCUCAUCUACUUGUCAAAUUCAGAGGCUUGAAUCAAAUUGAUCAUUACUUUCCAAGUCAUGCUUCGCCGGAUGUUAUUUAAUUAGUUAUAAUUGAAUCUAGCCAAGAGGAAGAGGAGCAGGCGAUGCUAUUGUGGGCAUAUGUGGCAUUCCAACAUGCAGUGUAUCAAUUUUAAUGUUUCUUCAAUUUUCCCUUUUUUUUUUCUAUUUAUUUGCAACUCUUGACCUUUCUUUUCUCAUUUUAGGAUUAUUGUUAAGGGAAUUGGUUUCUGUAGAUGGAUAAUGCUUUAACAUAUUUUCUAAUGGGUGUUUUAUGAUUUUCUUUCCA